GACUCUGACGGGCUGUAUUCCAUCAGACUGACUCCAUUCAUCGAUCACUCGUCAACGACGCCUGCGUUGUACUUUGGCCCAAUACUGCGUAAGACUAAGCCAGGGGCCAGGCUAUCCAUAGGAAGAUACACCGAGAAGGUACGUGAGACGGCGUAUGCGCCACAGGGCUCUGAUGCUGGUGUUGUCUUCAAAUCCAAGGUUGUGUCACGUACACACGGUGAGUUCUACGUUGAUAACUAUGGGAACUGGUAUGUGAAGGACCUCAAAUCAUCAUCCGGUACCUUCCUGAACCACGUUCGUCUCUCGCCGGCAGGCAUAGAAAGUGCCGAUACACCACUUCAAAAUGGAGAUAUACUACAGUUGGGGAUGGAUUUUAGAGGCGGAAUUGAGGAUAUCUUCCGCUGUGUAAAGAUGCGUGUGGAGAUGAACAAGUCGUGGCAACGUAAGGCGAACCAGUUUAACAAAGAAGCACAUCAACGUCUGAAGACCUUGGCGAUGAUGAACGAUUCGGAACUGUCCGAAUGUGCCAUUUGUCUCUUGAAAGUGAGACCAUGCCAGGCAGUAUUCAUUAGCCCUUGUUCGCACUGCUGGCAUUACAAAUGCAUACGGCCUAUUGUCAUCAAGAGUUAUCCGCAGUUCCUAUGUCCAAACUGUAGAGAGACGUGUGAUCUCGAAGCAGAUUUGGAUGAAGAUAGCGAU